AUGGUCAAAAAGAAGCUGACCGUUUUAAACACCGGAGGCCUCAGCGGGGGCAACCUAGAAGUGGACGAACAGUCGGAGUUGAGCGGCAGAGCAGAGGAAAAAUUAGAGGUAUGAUU